ACUUAAGCCCUAUUCAGAUCGCUGUGACUCGAAGAACCAGGAACUGAAACUAAAGAGACUUCCCUGAUAGACUAAAGAAGCUUUCCCAGACCACUUCAUGUUGUUGUUUUGAAGAGAAGAGUGUUGCCAUGGGUAAGAAGACUGACCAGUGUUUGGUGCUUCUGUUGUUUCUGUCUGGGCUUGUCCAGUGUACGACUGCAAUGAUUUUCUGGACUGCCUUGGUGGAUAUAAGCUACUUCGACAACCAGAUCAACGACACUGUCAACCGAUAUUGUGAAUGUGGGGUGUAUGGUCGCAACUCUCCCCUGGAGGGGGCCUCAGGCAUUGUAACACUGCCGAGCCACGACCCCAAAGGCUGUGGCCAAGAUGUCGUCUACGGCCGUAACUCCAGCUCACCGCCCUGGAUAGCCUUGGUAAAGAGGGGCAAUUGCAGCUUUAGUGAGAAGAUCAUUGCUGCUGAGCGGAAGGGGGCAGCUGGCGUGGUGAUUUACAAUGUAGAUGGCACUGGGAACAACACUACUCACAUGACACACUCUGAGGUAACUGAUAUUGUGGCUAUAAUGAUUGGAAACGACCAUGGCAUGGAAAUCGUCAAAUUGGUAAAGACUGGACUAGAGGUUACCAUGGUUAUUGAGGUAGGCAGUGCCCAUGGAUUAUGGAUGGAUGCCUACUGGCUGUACUUCCUCUCAAUUGCCUUCUUCAUUGUGACAGCAGCAUCCAUUGCCUACUUUGUGUUCAUCUCUGCCCAUCGUAUUCACAGCAUGCGAAUGCAGAGGUGUGCUGAGAGAAAGCUGAAAUCUGAGGCUAAGAAGGCAAUUGGUCAGCUGCAGGUGUGCACGCUGAAGAGGGGGGACGCGGAGGUGGGGUCUGACUCUUACAUGUGCGCUGUGUGUAUUGACGCCUACAAGGCAGGCGAGGUGGUGACAGUGCUCACAUGUGGACAUAUCUUCCACAAGGCUUGCAUUGAGCCCUGGCUGCUAGAGAAGAGGACCUGCCCCAUGUGCAAGUGUGAUAUCUUGAAGGCCUUGGGGGUUGAGGAGGAGAGGAAGGACGAGAGAGCCUUGACGUCAUCACCAGCGGCGGAAACUGUUAUCACAGUGUCGGGGGGAGAUCCAAUGUAUGAGGUUCCUCUGACUGACUCCCCAGCCCCUGACCCAGAGAGACAUCAGCAUCGCUAUGACAACAGAGCCUUUGAGGGAGACUCUCACUUUGCUACAGCGUAGAUGAGAACAACAACAUCAACAAUGGACCGGGACGGUGACGAAAUCACAUGUCGGAGUGGAUUUUCCCAUUUUAUUCCUGGAUAUUUUGGACAUUCCUGGAUCUUUGAAAUCAAACUAAAUUGUUCCAGUAGCAGACCCCUGCCCUCCUUGUAAUACAAGCUUGCUUAAGUGACAUUUCAAAGGACUUCUUUCCUCUUCAGUACCAAGUAUCUUGUUGGCUAUGUUGAAAUGACAGAAAUUGUUUCUAAAAGUUUGGGAUACAGAGGGCCAGAAUAUAAUCUGGCACUAAAAAAAAAGACCAAGUGUGUAAAUUGGUAAUAAUAUCAUAAUUGGCACAUUCAGAACAUCACCUUUUCAGAGCAGUUUGUUCACACACUUAGCAUUAAGUCCAGAUGUAAAGGCAGAUGUAUAGCCAGAUCACAGAAAGUUGAAUCAGUUCAUCUGGACAAAACGUACAUUGGGGAAACCAAACAGAUGCUGACCAAGAGGAUGGCACACCACAGAAGAGCUAAUGCGUCAGGCUAGGACUCCGUAGUCGACACCCAUCUACAGGUCAGUGGCCACUCUUUCAAGGAUGAGGAUGUGCACAUCCUUGAUAGGGGGGAACGCUGGUUUGAACAGGGAGUCAAACCAGCGUUCACAUAGGCCAUCUAUGUGAAGAGGGAACAACCAUCGCUGAACGGGGGGGGGGGGCUAAGAGUACAUCUGUCACAUCUUACAAUGCUGUGACUGCAAACAUUCCCCAGUCCUCUGUGAAUAGUACACAUGGCCAUUGAAACUCUAGUUAAUGCUCAUGGCAGUUUGCAUAUGAAACUGAUGGUUGGUUUCGGUCGUUAUGCCACUGUAUUGUUUAUAAGGGUGGGGGUACCUGCAGUGAGUUUAGACUGAAGAGGUCACUUAGAUGAGUGAUGAAACGUUUCUCACAAUAAACGUUGUAGCCAGAUGAACUGAUUCAACUUUCUGUGAUUUCCUUACCUGGAUUAUUGAGCAUGAAGACAGUAUAGCCAGAUCUCACCACGUCAAAAGUCUACACAUGUCAUCAAACAAGCCACCAUAGGCCUGUUAGUGAGAAACACUUACUCGACUUUCCACAGCCUCUUAAGUUUUGCACGAGCUGAAUUUCAGUAUAAAUUUGUGACUCUCAACAAUUUCGCAAUUUACUUUACCAUGUGUUCCAACAGACUUUAAUUCUUUUUUGACCUAAAAGUGUCAGGAUGCAUGUAUGAACACACCCAACAAGGCAUUACUGGAAAUGCUGGAUAGUGCACAUUGCACAGGGAGGACUGACAUAUGACACCCAGGGGGCGGGUACUCUUUAUAAAUUUGAUUCAUAGACACAAUACCGUCAUAAAUCUUGAGGGAUGAUAGGUGUUUUCCAGUCAUACUCACUCAAGAAAGACAGAACAUGCAAUAAAUGCUCCAUAUCAGUCAUGUGAAAUCAGUCUACUCAAAGUACCUUGUACCAUGGGAUAUUACCUUUAUCUUAGUGCCUUCUGUUGUUAUAGUUGUUGUUGAUGUAAAAUCAAAUUAUUAUGAUAUUGAUAUACCGAAUUGUCAAUCAUCAAAAUUAUUUCUGAGUAGGUAAUGGAUUGUCUAUUUCCAGAUAAAAGAUGUUUCUCUCCUUAAACAUUCAACUCUGAAAAGUACAUGUCCACAUGUUUUUAUUGUUGACCAGGUCUUCCACUCUUCUUUUUUUUUAAUACUGGAGGUCAUUUUCUAAGGCCUACCUCUGUCACGGACGACUUUACACCACAAAAAAUACAGGUGUGUGUAAGAAGUAAAACGACCUCUUGGUAACUUCAUUUUUUUCCCCUCUGGUAGUGCUUUUCUGAUUAUGAUGGGGUCUUGGUAUAGUUUUUCUCUAUUGAAUCAUUUUUUUCUUCACUGUAUUUACAGAUUCUUGGAGUCUUGAAGUCUUAAAUUGUUCUGUAAAGAUGAGUUUGACUUUGCUGCAUUAAAUCACAUUGAUGCUUAUUAGAACACAUUAAAUCCCUCAAAAUGAGGAAAACUUAAUAUGCAUCCAUGUU